CGACAACUCUGCUGCAUAAAUAUAUGUUAACCUGGCCUUGAAAUCCACAACGAAUAUAGUUCAAUAUUAGUUUUCUCUACCCAAGAUCUGCAACUUGAAAUUCCAUUCGAAUCUUGAACAGUGUCGGUUUCUAGAGGAGUCAACAGGCAAAAAACAAAAUGCAGCUCCAGAAUAUUUUGCCGAUUGCGGCUCUUCUUGUGACUAUAGUCGCUGGAGCACCAUCUUCCCCAGACAAGCGCUCUGACGCCGAUGCUGCCACUAUGUAUGUGGUUGACAAGCGCUCUGACGCCGAUGCCGCCACUAUGUAUGUGGUCGACAAGCGCUCUGAUGCCGAUGCUGCCACUAUGUACGUGGUUGACAAGCGCUCCGACGCCGAUGCUGCCACCAUGUAUGUGGUUGACAAGCGCUCCGACGCCGAUGCUGCCACCAUGUAUGUGGUUGACAAGCGCUCCGACGCCGAUGCUGCCACCAUGUAUGUGGUUGACAAGCGCUCCGACGCCGAUGCUGCCACCAUGUACGUGGUUGACUAGAUCCUGAAGAAGGGCAAUCACUGCCGUAUCGCCGCCAUCCUUCGGGGGCGGUAUCAGCUCUCCGGAGAGAAGAAUUUGGGUAGGGGAAUUGGAGGAAGAGGCACGGGACCGAUCAACAGCGAUAUGGCAGCCCUCUUUGUUUCUUUUCUUUACAUAAGAAUCGCAGGAUGUUAUUUCUUUCCGGGGUUUUCAAAUAAGUGUUGCAGCUAUGGGAUAUUAUAUUGUUGAGUUGUUGAUAUAGUUUUGGGAUAGUUAGAGGAGACUGGAAGUUUUCGGACCUAAAUCACUCAUUCAUUAUCAAGUUCUAUUCGGUUUUUCAUUGAAAACGCUUUAUGUAGAACAAAUGAAUUCAACAACGCCUCACGUUAGUAGCAUGCACUGCGCGCAUCACAUCACGCUGGCUAGACGCACUCGGGCAAUAAUCAACAGUUUGUUAGCACUAGUUCAAAUGCCAUCCUUAGCAUGCAUAUUAAGAUAAGCAGUCAAAUACAAUAGAAGUGGC